UCGCAAAACACAUCAAAACAUAGUCGACUUCGUUCUCUGCCUAGUGGUAAAAAUAUUAAAAUUACAAUAAAAAAAUCAAAAAAAUCAUCCCAAUAAGAAAAAAGAAUUAAUAUUAAUUACUUGUCGAUGUGUGACGUCAAAGAAAUAUAAGAAAUAUACAAACAAUAAGAAAGUGUAUUUAUGUGUGUUUAUGAUAAAUAGAAGAAAUUGUGAACAGAAUUGAAAACAGAAAACUGGACACGCAACCACCAACAGACAAAUUGUCGAAUGGCUGGAUUUUAGGUGAAUUGUGUUUCGACGACGGCGACGAAGGGAAAGAUGUUGAUGACGGUCGUUUAUUGAGGAGGUGGUAGGUGGUGGAGCAGCCAGACAGACCGAUAAAUUGUUGAUAGAAGAGUAGAGGGUCAGCUGAGACGGAACGACAGACAUCAGCAGGGUGAGAAUUAGAAGGAAGACCUUGAAAAUCAAAAACUCGCAUAAACAACGAAACGAAUAGAACACAAUAGAAACGAAUUAAAAAAAGAAAGCGAAGAAGAAAUCAGUUUAAACAAAAUAGAGUAAGGCGACGACGACGACGAAAACAACAUAAAAAUCAUCGUAGCAGCAGCGACAGCAACAACAUCUAUGAAAAAAUACGAAUAAAAGCGAUAAGAAGGUAGAAGAGAAACAAAUAAAUACACAAUAUUUAUUUAAAUUUCCAUGACGAAAGCGGAGGGAUGAACAUAGUUGAUGAUAAAAUUCAGUACGCAUAAACAAAACAGAAAUUGGAAGUAGAGACAAAACGAAAUUCGAAGAAAAACAUCACCUCCGCUGCCGACGACCGCCUCUUCUCUAAAGUCUUGCCGAAGCUUUGGUGGCCGAGAGCUGCUGGUGCGCGAGCAAGCAACAGUGAAAACAACAAAAUAAUUUCUAUUGCUCCAAGUAGAAUGGACAUUAUGCCAUCCCAAUCGAUUGUGCAUCAUCCCUUUAAUAUAGUAGUCAAUACUGCCAUGGCCAAUUCGUCCGACAACUCCACACCCACUUCGCCAGUGACACCAACCAUUAUUUCGCCCACAGCAACAGUCGAUACGAAUUCCUCUACAACCAUAAAUGGACGCGAGGCCCGUAAUUUGGCCGAAAAACAACGUCGCGACAAACUGAAUGCCAGCAUAAAUGAAUUGGCAAAAAUGGUGCCACAUGUGGCCGAUUGUCCACGACGUCUAGAUAAAACUGCAGUAUUACGAUUUGCCACCCAUGGCCUAAGACUGCAGUAUGUAUUUGGAAAGGCGGCUGCUGCUCGCAAGCGAACCCUAUUUAAGGGUGAUAAUCACAAUGUAACCGAUGCCCUGUUGCAGCUAAUCGAUAGCUUCUUCAUAACGCUCACCUGUCACGGACAAAUAGUAUUGAUUUCUUCAAGUGUUGAACAACUAUUGGGUCAUUGUCAGUCCGAUUUGUAUGGACAAAAUUUAUUGCAAAUUACCCAUCCUGAAGAUCACGAGCUGUUGAGGCAACAACUCAUUCCCAAUGAUAUUGAGUCCUUAUUUAUGGAUUAUCAUCAUCACCACCACCAUCAAAGUACAGCUGCGCAAUCUCAAAUAAAUAAACCACAUUAUCACCAGCAAUGUUCCUAUACAACACAUCACCACCAUGGCCAUCAUGCACCUGCACCGAAUUCACCUCACCAACAUCAUGCGCAUACGCAGUAUACCACGCCAACGCAUGCGCAACAGAAUGAUAUACAAAACGAUGAGAAUUAUUUAAAGCAAAUAGAUGAGAAGUUACGAUUAGAUAAGAGAAGUUUUACAGUGCGUCUUGCGCGAGCCUCAACACGUUCCGAGUCGAAAAAAGUUUAUGAGUGUGUUAAAAUCGAUGGCUGCUUCCGGCGCAGUGAUUACUCGGCCAUAGCAACAGGUGCCAGUAGUUAUCCUAUUGUUUCGCAAUUAAUACGGCGUUCACGAAGUGCUGCUUCUUCGGCGCAUAUGAGUGCUGGUGGUGCCAGCGGUGCUGGGGGAACUAUGGGUGGUGCAGCUACAUUCAUACCACAUCUUUUGCCACAUGAUGCCAUAGCGCAGGCCGCCCUACACGGUGUCAGCGGUAAUGAUAUUGUUUUGGUAGCAAUGGCCCGAAUUAUACGUCCAGCGAAAAUUAUCAAUUAUCCAUUGGAGGCAAAUCGUUUGGAAUAUAAAACACGACAUUUAAUCGAUGGACGUAUUAUUGAUUGUGAUCAUCGUAUUGGUUUGGUAGCUGGCUAUUUACAAGAAGAGGUUCGCAAUUUGAGUCCCUUUUCGUUUAUGCAUCAGGAUGAUGUACGUUGGGUAAUUGUGGCCCUACGUCAAAUGUACGACUGCAACAGUGAUACCGGUGAAAGUUUCUAUCGUUUACUUUCACGAAAUGGCAAUUUCAUUUACCUUCGAACCCGAGGUUAUUUAGAAAUUGAUCGUGCUACUAACAAGGUACAUUCAUUUGUCUGUGUCAACACUCUGCUGGACGAGGAGGAGGGUCGGAGAAAAGUGCAAGAAAUGAAAAAUAAAUUUUCAAUUAUUAUUAAUGCCAAAGUUCCAACGGGAACAGUGCAAGAUGCUACCGCCUCACAGAAUCCACAACAACUGGAAAAGAUCGUUUUAUAUUUAAUUGAAAACCUACAAAAACGACAAACAAAUACCUGUGUUGUGGAUGAAAUUCAUUCAGAAGACGAUGUUAAGCGGCAUACCAGUACACCGCCACUGGCUUUGGUGCCACCCGAACCAUCAUCGGUGAAAAAUUCAAUAUCAAAAUCGGUUAGUGUGGUAAUUGCAACGGCAGCGAAAAGUCUAGUCUUGAAAUCUAAUGCCCAACAACAGAGUCCAAGAGGCAAUGAGACCACAUCGUCGGCCUCAGAGGAUGGUGAUCAGGCCAAUACAUCGACAGAAACAAUUGAUACUGGUUAUGAAUCACCCACUACAGCACCUCAGCGUCCCAGUGUUUUACAAAUGCGUAGCAACAGUAGUAGUAGCACCAGCAGCAGUAUGUGCCAAGAUACUAACGCAAGCGAAUUAAAUAUCCCUCACACACCUGAAACUCUUGAAACUGCUCAAACAACAAUAACGCAACAAAAACAACAACCUGAUAGAUAUAAUUCUCAAACGUCAGUUCUAAAACGUUUGCAUUCAACAACAGCCACAACAACAGACCCCGUGGAAAUUGAUGCCCAUCCAGCCACAAAACGACGUCCCUCCAGACUGUCACCAUUGUCUCUUAUGUCUGAAACAACAAUGUCCUCUCCCCAAUCAACAUCUUGUAUUUCUCCUGCCAUCAAAAGUGAUAAUAGUUCCGAUAUUCACAAUUUCAUUAACGAUUCAUUACGCCAUGUCGGUGAUACAUUGAGUCACAUUGACGUCCAAACAUCAAAUUUACUGCAACAUCGCAGCGUUACAUUGGCCGCAACAGACCUCAACAGCCAAUUGGAUGCAAUUAUUGUGGAACAACAAAAACAAAAUGACUUUUUAGUAAACAUCAAAAACGAGUAUGUCUAUAAAAAACAAUUUGUAAAAUCAUCGCCCAAUCGAACAGAAGAAGAUGUUUCUUCGCCUGAAAAUUGUUAGUUAUACAAAACAAAAACAACAAAGAAAAAAUAAUUAAUUACUUAUUUAUAAUGAUAAAAGGUGUUUUGUAUGUAAGUAACUUAUUAUAUACAUAUUGUUAAAAUUUAUACAUAAAUAACUUAUAUAUUUAAAAUUCUAUGUAAGUUUUGUUUAAAUAUAUAUAUUUUUUUGAUUUCCUUAAAAGCACUGUGCCGUAAUGACCCAAUAAUGGAACGAACUUUUAACAAUUCUUCCAUCGACAUAACUGAGAAUUUCUUCUAAAUAUUUCAGAGGAAAUGAAAUUUGAAGUUUGAGAUAUUAAUGUGAGAGAGACUUCAUUUUCUUUUAAAUACACAUCGCAAACCUAUUCAAAGAGUAUCUUAACGCAAUAUUGUCUAUUUUACAGGAAACGCAUUUAUCUCAUUUGGACAAAUUAUAAACAGAUGAUAACUCAUUUUAUAUCAUCGCCGCAGUUCAAAUGCCAAAGUAGUUUCAUAUCAUGAAUAAUGUGGCAUCGACAUGUAACAUAUUAUGUAAUUGAGAAAAUUAUGAUCCAAGAUAAAUAUGUUCUAGAUAUCAAUAUAAAAUUUGUACAAAAUAUGAAAUAGAACAUGGACUACAAUUUUGCAUGGAUAACAAAGCAUGGAUAAGCAAAAAACUAAAAAGUUUUGCUUAAAAAUACCACUCAAAGUAUUCAGGUUAUUUUCAUUGCAAAUUCUAACGGGGUUGUAAGGUACGGUGCAUAUGUUUUGCAAUUUUUUUUAUCUAUGGAUCCAUAUAUAAAUUUCAUAUAUUUUUCAACAAUAAAAUUUAUUUAAACUAUGUUAUGAAAUUUAUAGUAUAAUAUUAAAAAACAUAUUUUUCAAUUUAUAUAAAAAUUAUAUUGCAAUUCCUUAAAUAAUAUUCAUAAGUUUUUUUUCUUUUUUUAACAUUGAAAUAUGGAAAUUUUAUAUAUGGGUACAAGAAAAUUGAUAAAUAUACAUAAAUGUUUAUAAAACAAAACUUUACGACCAAUAUCUUAAAGAGAAGAUAAUUUUGUGUAUAUCAAUUAUAAAUGUCAUUGUUAUAUCUAAAACAAUAAUAUUACAAUAUUAAUACAAGUUUUAUGAGCAAUUUCAAAAAGCAUUCGAAAAUGAAAUUGGUUUAAACGGCACUAGAAUUCGAAAUGUUUAAUAUGAAUUUUAAAAGAGGAAGGGUGUCAAAUGAAAUUAGAGAUUGUGGUUUAUGUUGGUUUAAAACUUCAAAAGCAAACACCCAAAUGCAACGUUUUAAAAUGCUGUACCAAUUUUAUAUUAUUUUCGAUAGAUUGCCAUUGCCGAUAAAAUUUUUAACUCCUAUGUUUCCUUUGUCUUCAAUAAUAAUAUUGUAAAUAGUGAUUUUUUUUCUUUAUAUAGAGCUCGAAACUUGUUAUUUUCAUAUAGAGUAUAUUUAAAAAAAUAUUUCUUUUUAAAAUGUUUGAGAGUUUAAUCUCUUUUUGGGAACUUUGUACAAAAUAGUAAAUAACAACAAAAAUACAAAACAAAAAUCCUUAA